AUGAGGGAAGAGGAAGAGGAAGAGGAAGAGGACGAAGGGGAGAUACGGAUCUGCUGCUGCUUUCAAGGCGGUGCAGCAGCGCCGGCGGCUGCUAAGUGGACCGCGCCGGGUUCUGGAGGCAGGAAGCUGGUGCUGCCGAUAGGCAAAACCUCCCAGAACACAACAAACAAGGCCUCCGCUCCCGGAGAGCUCCGCCAUGUUGGACAAGACGCCACCGACUGCCGAGUGAAACGCAGCGACUUCCUGUUCUCGUUCACACCGGGUUCACACCGGUUCACACCGGGUUCACACCGGGUUCACAGGUUCACACCGGGUUCACACCGGGUUCACAACGGUUUCACAGGUUCACACCGGUUCACACCGGGUUCACAGGUUCACACCGGGUUCACACCGGUUCACACCGGGUUCACACCGGUUUCACAGACUUCAUCGCACGCGACGCUGACUGAUCUGGAGAGGCUGGCGCUGCCCACGGUUUCCCCCCGAGCCAACGGCCCGAUGCCCGUCGCACGCUACCAGAGCGGAAUGAGUCAGAGGCCACAGCUGCUGCAGCCCGAUGCGAUGGAUCUCAGCGUCCAGGACGACGUGGACUACGUGGACUACGUGGACUACGUGGACUACGUGGACUACGUGGACUACGAGAGCGUCGACCUUUCCAUCUACUCGUGGAACACAACCAACGCCACAGACUUCCGUGGCUGGGACUCAGACUUCUGCGAGGCCGGGGAGCAGGAGCUCGCCAUCAAAACCUUCCAGAUCGGCGUCUUCAGCCUGAUCUUCCUGCUCGGCGUGGUGGGCAACGGCGUGGUGAUCGCCACCUUCGCCCUCUACCGCCGCCUGCGGCUGCGCUCCGUGACCGACGUCUUCCUGUUCCACCUGGCGCUGGCCGACCUGCUGCUGCUCCUCACGCUGCCGCUGCAGGCCGCCGACACUCUGGGCCGCCGCUCGUCCGCCGCCCUCCACCGCGUCGCGCGCGCUGGCUACUCCGUCAACACGUACAGCGGCCUCCUGCUGCUGGCCUGCGUCAGCGUGGACCGCUACGUGGUGGUGGCCCGGGCGCAGGAGACGCUCCGGCUGCGCGGGCGGAUUCUGGCGGUCGGGAAAGCGGCCGCCGUCGGCGUGUGGCUCGUCGCGGUGCUCCUCAGUCUCCCCGAGGUCCUCUACGCCGAGGCGACGUGGUACGACAGCGAGCCGUACUGCGGCGCGAUGAAAUGCGAACGGCUCAAAAUGGCCACCAACGCCGCCGUCGUCGCCGUCUUCUGCGUGUCCCUCGCCGUCAUGGUGGCGUGCUACUCCUUGGUAGCGCGAGUGCUGUGGGAAGGGGACGCGCUCCGGCGGGGGAAGCAGUGGCACCGGCAGCGCACCCUGAAGCUCAUGGUGGCUCUGGUUCUGGUCUUCCUGGCGUUCCAGCUGCCGUACACGGUGGUGCUGUCGCGCAAGAUGGCGGGCCCGUUCUGCGGCCUGCUGCUGGAGUACGUCACCUGCUCUUUGGCGUACGGCCGCUGCGGCCUCAACCCCAUCCUGUACGCCCUGGUGGGCGUGCGCUUCCGUAACGACGUCUUGAGGCUGGUCCGGGAUUCGGGCUGCCGGUGUGGGCUCCAGCUGGCUCCACAGAGCAGGAGCACCAACUCCAACUCCAUCUCCUCGCCAGCUCCGGUGCUCCUCCCGCGCCGACAUCCCACGUGGGGCGACUCUGACUCGGUGGAAGAGCGGGGUCGUCCUUCAAUCAGAGGAUCGGUGGUUCGAUCCCCGGCUCCGGCAGUCCAUGCCGAUGUGUCCUUGGGUGUGGCCGGACUCACAGGUGUCAGCGUGGCGCUCAUUACUUAUGAAUGUCCAAAGGACCCAGAGAGCUCCGCGCUCUCCGCUGCGAGGACCAACGCCGCCGCCGCCGCCGCCCGUCUCUCUCUCCGGGUCCCUGUUUCAGAGAGACCGGGAGUCCGCCUGCUGGACCUCUGCCUUUCCCCUCCUCCGGACCCGCAGACCAAAAGGCCUCCCAGCAUCCGGCAGCAGAUGGGGGUCUUCCAGAGACCGGCUCAGGGUCCUCAGCAGGGAGCUCUGCAGCUUGAGGACUAG